CUGGAUGUACUCACACCAGGACACCCAACAUCUUUUAUCGUAGGCCAACCCCGCCCCAUCCUCACGCACCUCCGCACACUCCUGGACCUAAUAGCCGCAUCCUCCCAGAAAGCCCCAAAAACGGCCCGCCGCUGGGAACAUCCCGUCCAACCCGUCGUGCAGCAUAUAUGUGAUACGUUGAGCACGGUUGCUUAUAUGGUUGAUAAGGGGCGAAGGGCGAGUUUGAGGGGAGUGUUAUCGCAGUCCUCGUUACUUCUCUUCCUUGACAAAAGACAGCCGAGGGAGGUGGUGGCUGAUGUGUUGGGGUUUGUGUUUCAUGAGAUUUGUGAUGAAGGAUUUACGGAUAUGAUCAUGGACCCUUCCCUGAAACUCAACAAGCGGCGGAGUAUACCCGAACGGAUGUUUGGGUUGCUUGUAAAUCAGCCGGAAGAGCGGGAGGUUGAUGAGGCGGUGCGAACGCUGGACGUCCGCAUCAUAAACUGCUUGUGUGCACUUGCGGGGGUUUGGCCGAAGACGAUUCCGGGGCUGUGCAUGCCGUCGAUAACCAAUCGGCUUGUGACGUAUCUCCAGAGCGCGAGAGUUGGAAUGGAUGCCGAUGAGACCAGAGAGCCUCCUCAUGGCUGGCAAACCUACCGCUCAACCCUCCGCCUCCUCUCCACCCUCCUUUCACACCACUCCACGCACCCAAUCGACCCGAAAAUCAGCGAACCCGCCAUCCACACACUCAUCGCCGUCCUCGCUCGCUCAGUCUACGCCGUGCGGAAUUUGGGUGGUGACGAGGCAUGUGCGGAGGUGGGCGACGUCGCGAGGGAGAUGAUGGGCGCGGUGGUUGUGAGGCCGGAAGAAGCUUAUGAGGAGGUUUUUGGGGGGGAGUUUGGGGAGGUGUGAGGGCGUUGGACAUGACACUGGUGAGGAUUUUUGGGACUUUUGGAAGAGACGGGAAAAGACGACAUAGCAUUGGAGGAGGACAGACAGGAGGAUCGCUCGUGCUUUCGGCGCAACAUGGGAACGGAUCCCAAACAGCACAUACACAUUCAUGGACUGGCAGG